AUGAGAAUCACACUCGAAAAGGCCGGGCGUCUCGCCGACGACGCCCUCCGGCGCAUAGGCUACCCGGCCGCUGACAUCCCCACGAUCCGCGACCACCUCCUGGACAGCGAGCUCCGGGGCUACGGCAUCGCGGGACUGGCGCGGAUACUGAGCAUCGCCGACCGACUUGCCGCGCGGUCGGCGGGGUCUUUCGCGCCGGCAUCGUCAUCAUCCAUCACCGUCACAUCGCAAUCGGCCACGACGGCGCAACUGGACGGCCACGACGCGCUGGGCUACCUGGUGGCGCACGAGGCGACGAGGGUGGCGAUCGCCAAGGCCAAAGCCGAGGGGAUUGCGGCCGUGGGCGCCCACAACACGUACUACACGGGCAUGCUGUCGUACUACGCCGAGAUGGCGGCGGCGGCCGACCUGGUGACCAUCAUCGCGUCCAACUGCAGUCCGUGGGUGGCGCCCGAGGGCACGUACAAGCCGCUGGUGGGCACGAACCCGUUCUGCAUCGGCGUGCCCACGGCGGGGGGCGGCGUGCCACCCAUCAUCUACGACAUCGGCACGUCGCGCAUCAUCCACGCCCAGGUCCUCCUGGCCAUGCGCAAGGGCGAGCAACUCCCGCCGGACACGGCGUGGGACGAGCAUGGCAACAUGACCACGGUGCCCGAGGAGGCCCUGAAGGGCGCGCUAGCCGUGUGGGCCGGCGCAAAGGGCAGUGGGCUGGCCAUUGCCGUGCAGUUGCUGGGCAUUCUCGCCGGGUCGCCGGCGUUGCCGCCCGACCUUGAAGAUUUCGGGUUUUUCAUCAUGGCCAUCGACCCCGCGAAGUUCAGGCCGAUGGGCGAUUUCAAACGCGAGGUCGGCAACCUGAUCACGGCGUUUCACACGGCCCCGUCCAUGACGGGGAGCGCGCUGAGGUUGCCGUUUGAACGGUCCAACCGUCGCAGGGCAGAGACGAGAGCGGCUGGAUAUUUGGAAGUGGAUGACAUUGUAGUGGAGAAGCUGGAGAAGUUGAUCUCAGCCCAGUGA